AUGAAGGCUGCGACGGCUCCGGGACCGGAUCAUGUUUCGGUCGACUUUUUACAGGCUGGAGGACAUCGCCUACAAGAGAUGCUUGCGGACAUCUAUCGUCCUACUUUCAAAAGGAAAGGAUACCCAACCAAUGGAGAACCUCAACAAUCCUUCUUUAUAAGAAGGGCGAUAGAGAGGAUCUUCGGAACUACCGUCCAAUAUGCCUGCUGA